AGAACAUCUCCUACCCUAAUGUGAUCUGGAAUAAAUUAAUUUUUUUCUGUGUCAAUUCAAUGCGUUAUGUUGAGUAUUUGGUUGAUCCAAUGGAGUUGGCGCGUUAUUCAUCAACAAUUACAAUUGUUUCUCAUAUUUUUCUGUAUUACAUUUAUUGAACCGCGUACUGUACGCUUUCAAAUUGAUGAAGAAUUGAAAAUUAACACACAUAUUGGCAGUUUGCUAAAUCAUGUACAUGGUGGAUUGAAUAAUUUACGUUUUGUGAAAAUUUCUAAUCUUGACGAUUAUUCUGAAUUAUUUUCAGUGGAUGAAUUCUCUGGAGAUAUAAGAAAUGUGCGUAGAUUGGAUAGAGAAACAUUAUGUAUGACAAAUAGUCAGCUAGAUAUAGAAAAACUCCAGGAACAAUCAUCAUCAUCGUCAUUUCAUGAAUGGACAAUCAAUUUUCCUUUAUUAACUAAAUGCGAAUUAUAUUUUAGUGUGAAUUGUUUAAAUACUACACCAUUUUUAAAUAUUUCCAAUCAUAUGAAAUUUAAAACACCUGUAAGUAAUAAAUUAGUAGCUAUUUUCGAUGUAAUCAUUGAACUUAAAGAUAUCAAUGAUAAUGGUUGUAAAUUUAUUCCAUCAAACCGACAAAUUAUUCGAAUACGUGAAGAUUCACCAGUUCAUGAGACUCGCUUCACUUUAAAUACUCCUUAUGAUCCAGAUGACGCCAAUGGUGGGAAUUCAGUUAGACCAGAUCGAGUUUGGAUACGCAGUGAUUCUCGCUUAUCAAAUAGUCAAAAUAUAAGAAAUUUAUUUCGAUUACACAGUCUUUCAUUAUCGAAAAAUCUUACCACACCCAAUAUUCAUUUAGAGUUAGAACUCACUAAUACAUUGGAUUAUGAAACACAGAAAACGUAUACAUUUCAAAUUGUAGCAGAUGAUGGCUUCUCAUCUGGUAAUCAUCAAUGCUACUUGAAUGUCACAAUACUAGUGGAAGAUUGUAAUGAUCACAUGCCAAAAUUUGAACAAUCCAUGUAUACUGUAAAUGUAAGUGAAGAUACAUCAAUCGACCAAUUAAUCAUCAAAUUAAAAGCUGAUGAUGAAGAUGAACAUGAAAAUGGUAAGAUUAUUUAUAGUCUCAUAUCAUACACAGAUGAUACCGAUGAGAAAUUUUUCUAUAUUCAUUCCGAUUCCGGUGAAAUUAGAUUACAAAAUCGUUUAGAUUAUCGACAAAAAUCACAACAUAUUUUGAAAGUGUUAGCUAGAAAUCCAGAUAACACUACAUCGAAACGUGAUCAGAUUAUUUCAGAAUUAUCAGUAGCACAGGUUAUUAUCAAUGUAAUAGACAUUAAUGAUCAUUUUCCUCGUGUUCGAGUUCUAUCUCCUACUGGUUCAAAAGAUUUAGAAAUAAUUGAAGAAUCACCUCCUGGACAAGAUAUAGGAAUUGCAGAAGUUUCAGAUGGAGAUACAGGAAUAAAUGCUCAGGUUGACUGUAAACUAAUAAAUCAAACCAUAUCAGAUAUCCUACGUCUAAUUCCAAUCAAUAUUGACGGUAUUCACUAUGGUUUAACAAGCUCCAAUCGAAAAUACAAGAUAACAAUGGAAAGGCGAGUAGACAGAGAAGAACAUAAAGUUAUAGAAUUCAUUCUUCUUUGUAGUGAUGGUGGAAUUCCUUCACUAACAACUACUCUUACACAACGUAUACAAGUUAUCGAUAUCAAUGAUCAUGAUCCAAUCUGUGAACAGAAUGUUUACAAAGUUGAAAUUUAUGAAGAUUCUCAUCCAGAAAGAGGUAAAACCAAUUUCGAAAUUAUCACCAUCAAUGCUACCGAUAAAGAUGAAGGUCAAAAUUCAAAAUUACAUUUUAGUCUAGACCAUGAAACUCCACCUGUUCUUUUAAAUAUGAUCACAAUUGAUUCAAACUCAGGAACUCUUCGUACUCUUGGAAAUUUAGAUCGUGAAAAAUUCGAUCAAUUCUCUGUGACUAUUUUCUGUUCCGAUUAUGGUGAGCCGGCAAGAACUACUAGAAUUUUUGUUCAUAUAAAAGUUUUAGAUUAUAAUGAUAAUCCUCCAGUCUUUUCUCAACCUUAUUAUCAAUUCGCUUUAAAAGAAAAUAAUGCAGUUGGACAAUUAGUUGGUACUUUUUAUGUCAGUGACAAAGAUGUCGGUAAAAAUUCAGAGUUGGAAAUUUAUAUUGAAGAAAAUCUUGAACAACCUAAUAUGCAUUUAAUUUCAUUGACUAAGAAUUUGAAUUCACCUAAUAAUAAUAUUGAACAGUUAAGGUUAAAUUCCAGAGGACUCUCUUCUAUGUCAUCAGGUUUACGUCAAAGAAGAAAGUACACUGAAUACAUAUCAAAAUUUCGAUUGAAUUCAUAUCCUUUACAUAGAAAUUAUCAUAAUUCUUUUUUAUCAAAUGAAACAUCUUAUGAAGUAAAAUUGUACAUAGAAUCUGUCAUAGAUCGUGAACAUUUAAUUAUGAAAAGUACCAAUUAUUUAUCGAAAACUUUAUCUACUUAUGAAACAUUUGAAAGAGUUUAUCAUAAUUAUAAUUAUAAUUAUCAUGAGAAAUUAUCACAAUUUACAAAUCAAACCAAUUAUUCCAUGUUAACACCAAUUAUUUUUCUAAUAAUUCAUGCACAAGAUAAAGGUUUGCCAAAAUUAUCAACAACUAUUCAAUUACGUAUUCAAAUUUUAGAUCAAAAUGAUAAUUCACCACGUUUUCUAUUUCCUAAUUCAACAAAUUUAAAUAAAACUAAAAUAUCUGUAUCAUAUAAAGAACCAAAAGGUUAUGCAUUCACACAAAUACAAGCUAUUGAUGAUGAUGCAGGUGAAAAUGGUACAGUCAACUAUUUCAUACAUUCUGGAAAUGAAAACAAUUAUUUUGCAUUGAAUAAAAAUACUGGAAUAUUAAGUAUCAAUGAAGAAAUUCCCUACAGUGCAAUAGGUGAACAUAAUUUACGAAUAGAAGCAAGAGAUUGUGGACAAUCGUAUUAUUUUACUCAAACUGAUUUCAUCAUAGAAAUUGAUGAUUCCACUUCAAAAGCAUAUCUUUCUUCCAUGAAUUUGUAUCAUACAAAUAAUGUGAAUGGAUUUAGUACAUUUGCUUCAAGUGGUUAUAAAUUAAAUUUUUAUAUUGUUAUAGCAAUUAUUGUAUCUGCUUGUAUUAUAUCAACGAUUCUUAUCGUGUUAGUAUUGAUUUUUUUACGUCGUACCAAAAGAAAUAAUACAUAUCUUGAUAGAAAUAAUAAUAACAUAGAUAAUAAUAAUAAUAAUACAAGUAAUCAAUGUACAGUGUAUAUGACAAAUUCACCAUCGAAUUGGUCAAAAAUAGAUCAAUCAUUGAAUUAUGAUGUUUCUGGACUGGCAAAUGGUUAUCGAGUUAUUCAUUCACUACCUGACUGCUUAUCACAGCUUACUAGUAUCGGUGGUCAAACCAGUUUGAAAUCAGCAAAUUAUCCUAAUGGAAUAGCAUUGUCACCAUCAAAUCCAAAUUGCAUGCUUGAUAAAUGUUCCAAUCUCAAUGUAUCAUCAGAAUAUUGGGGUUAUAAUAAUGAUCAUUACAAUAAUCAUAAUAUUAGCAAUAAUAAUAAUAAUAAAAGUCAUCAUGAGAAUAUGAAUUCAAUUGCCAUGAAUAAUGGACAUAAUGAUUUACUCGAUAAUCAAAAGAUUCAAAUUUAUAUUCCUUCACGCCAAUCCAUGAAAAUGAUGAAUUUGACAGAUGAGACAAAUUUAAACUAUUCCUAUGAUACACAUGCAAACUAUUUCGAAGGAACACAAUAAACCAAAAAAAACAACAAACAACUUCGUCUGAAUUUUUAUCAAAAAUGACGGAAUUAUUCAAUAAUAUUCAAUAAUACAAUUUCAAAGAAGUAAAAUGAGUAAAUUCUUCAUAAAACCAAAAACAUUUAAACACGAUGUAGGAAAUGUUGGUUUAAUUCGCCUAUGUAUAUAUAUACAGAUUAAUGUUUCCUGUAAUAUUCAUUAAUCGAUUUGCUUGAUGAAGGAAAAGUAUAUUUGUUCACGUGAUUAUCUAUAUGUGUAUGUAUGUUUGUAUGUAUACGUUCAUACAAGGUUGGCGAAAAUUAUAACCUUACCCUACUUAGCAUCGGAGCAAUUAUGGUUUGUUCAUCUGCAUUCUUUACCAUUCAACUACUUAGUAUUUACUUUCGCAAUCUCAUACAAACUUCAAACAGAGAGAUUUAUUUAUUCUCAGCCGAUAUCAACGUUAGCGAACAAUUUAUGCAUGAAGAGAUUAUGAAAUUUGCCAGCAAUUUGGAAUACACUUAAUACACUAUCUUAUCAUUAAGAUAAUUAAAAAUAUCACUUAAAUCUAUACAUAAUUGUAAAUAAAAUGAUGCUUUCAAGCUUAAAUUGUGCUUAGUAUUUUUCAUGUACACGUUUGUGAUUGUUUUACAACUGUAUUUUUGAAAUUAAAAAAAAAUCAUAUUUCCUCCAAAAUGGAUGAUGAUUUUAUUCCAAAUUGCAGAGGUGCAGAGUUCAGGUGUGUAUGGUCUUCGACAACCAUAGUCUGCUAUGAUAAGAUUUUUAUUUCGGUCAAAUUUUCACUGAUAACUAAACCUUCGGUUGAAGAAAAUGAUGAGUCCAAAGUGAACUUUGAUUUUUGAACUGCU